AUGGCGUCCAGAAUGGGACCAAGGAGCGUCAAGGACGCCACGCGCUUCACGUCGACGAUUCCACACGCGACAGCAAAGACUCCGGGAGCAGCUGGUUCCGGUUCUGCUGCAGCUUCAGCGAGGCCGUCACCACGGCUUCCUGGCGAGACGCCAGAGCAGCGGGUACGAAGGCUGCGACAAGCACACCUUGCGGCGCAGAAGGCACAGAUCAGCAGGACCGAUCGGGUGAUUGAUGCGUCAAGGAGAUUCUUGGAUGUGGCACACCGGUGGACUGUCGGAGGCAUCGUCGUCUUCACGGCUGUUGCCGGUGUGGUGAGUGUCUACUCCGUGUGGGACAUGCUGCGCUACAACCGUGCCCGUCGUGCCGAAUGGAUCGAAGCGCAGAAGAAGCUCGAAGAAGACUCUCUCUCCGCCGCUCGCAUCGCCUACGUCAAAGGUCAAGCAACCGAGGAGCAGAUCGCGCUCGUUGAAGAAGCAAAUCGUGUGGCUGAAGAGACGGGCGUCAGGCUACCGCCUCUGCUGUCGCCGCCCGAACAACGAACACAUUUCGAGGAACGUGUUCAGCCCGCUUUCCAGGCUGCAGAGAAGAAGCAGGGCAAGGGAAUUUUCGGUCUAUUCUCAGGCCUUCUUGGCGGACAAAACCCUAACGAGGCAGCGUCCUCGCCGAACGACGCGGCAGCGCCCGCCAACACGUCCACAGACGACGUGCAGUCGAUCGAAGCCAGGUCAAGAGAUGUCUGGGAGGCUGAAAAGGCGGCACAGCGCAGUGGAGGCAGCCUGGACCAGCUCGGUCUGGAGACUGGGAGUUCAGGACAGUCCUCUGGAAAGAAAGGAUGGUGGCCCUGGUGA